AUGGCCAACAAUACGAUCUCUUCGUCUACCAACGUCAACAGCUCCCUCUAUCCUACCAGGAAGGAGGUCGCGUCCGGUAUGGCUAUGGGAGAUCCUCCUUCCACCACGUCUACUACCAGCCAGAUGAGCUCAGGAAGCGUUGACCAUGCUGUGUUAUCUCCCGAGAACAGCGACCAGGAAAGGAACCUGCAAACAGACGAGUAUGUUCUUAUCCACCCCCAUCCAUCCCAGAUGCCUUUUUCUCCCGUCUGGAACACCACUCACAACCAGUAUCCUCCUGGGACUCCAUCAGAAGAAGACUUCAUCCAUGCAGGCUCAUGGAUCAAUCAAGUACCCCAACCAGCAAAUACGUCACACCGCCGGUCAAGGAGACACCGUCCCCAGACCCAGCUGCGAGCCUACCUCCGACAGGAACCCCACAAGGAGCCGUGGAAUGCCUUCGUCGCCCAGAACAGAAACUAG